AUGUUGAAUUUAUUACUCCCCAAAGUUAGCCUCAAACUAAGGAAAGACUCACCACCUCAAGAAGAUGUCGGAUCCAAUGGUGAACCCGCAUCACCAAACACCACAAUAGACAAUCAAAGAAGACUGGAAUCUACAUCACCGUCGAUGCGAAAGAAACUAAUUGUUGCCAGAAGGAAACAAACACAUUCAAGGACAUCUUCGGUGACAUUUCCAAAUGGUGUUAUACCAGAGGAGUAUGGAUUACCACCAAUUGAUAAAACUACAGAUGUUGAUCUUCUACAGAGGUUUGAAGUGAUACGAUACCUUGAUGCAUUUAACAUAUCUCAUAACGACCAACUUGGAGAGGAAGAAUUACGAAUGAUGUUAAAGGAGACGCUAAAUGUGCAAUAA